AUGGGGAGGAGCGGAGAGCGGAGCGUUGUGCUUUUGGGCUUCCUUGCGGCGCUGUGCCUACUGGGCAGUGGAAACGCUCAGCGGUUGCCAAAGGGCUUUGCGAACCCUAUCGACAGUUGCCCGAAGUUGCCGCCACACAAUGCCACAGUCAUCCAAGACCUGCGUCCUUCGGACAUCAAAGUGGUGAUGGCGUUGGGCGACAGCAUCACCGCCGGCUUCGGCAUCAUGGGCCGCGAUGUACCCGACAUCUUAGACGAAUACCGCGGCCUCAGGCACUUGGCGGCUCACGCACCCGCCCCGAUCGGCGGCGAUGACGGUGCCAUCACGAUGGCCAACUUCUUUCGCCACUACUCGCCGAACGUGGUGGGCGCCUCCUUGGGGCGACAUGUGGUCGAGCUGCCUGAGUUCCCGUACUAUGACCAGGACCAGCUCAACGGCGCUCAGAGCAAUGCGGGAGUGGCCAGCCUCAUGUACCAGCUUGAGCACUUGAUCCAGAGGCUCAACUCCGACCCGCGCGUCGAUAUGGACAAGGACUGGAAGAUCAUCAACCUGCUGAUCGGGGCCAACGACGCUUGCCCGCUGUGUCUCGACAUCACGCCGCCCUCCAUCGCCAGCAUGGGCGACUUCUACGAGCAGAACCUGCGCAAGGUCGUGGAGACUGCGUAUCAGAAGAUCCCAAGGCUGUUCUUCAACAUCCUGCCCAUGUUCAAUGUGUCCCAGGUCUACUACCUGUCGCUGGGCCUCCCCUACUGCUUCGAGCUCCACGACGUACUCCCCGUGGAGUGCCUGUGCGCAUUCGACUCCACCGCCUGGAGGCGCAACUACCUCGACCAGGUGCUGCAAGAGUUCAACAGGCGCAUCUACAAGCUCUAUGACGAAUGGAAGGCCAAGAAGCUCACGACCUUUGCGCUGCAGGUCCAGCCUUUCUCGGCCAACCGCGUUUGA